UUUCUUUCUUGAUCUCACCAUACAAAGUAACCUUCUUCAACUCUGAUCACCUAUUUGGCGUUUUAGACCGAUUACUUGCAAGCAUGAAGAGUUCUUUGUGCAAUAUCAUAUUUCUCUCCUUAUUGCUAUUGCUAUUGCCGCCUCCUCACAUCUCCUCAAGGCAUAUCGGUUUGCAACGUUCACGUCAUGGGCAUCACCAUCCAACUCAAGUGACACAAAAUCAGCAUGUAGCAACAUUUAUGACACCACGGAAGCAACGGACUGAUACUGUUAAAGUGCCAGGAUCAAGGCUACCAGACUGUUCUCAUGCUUGUGGCUCAUGUUCCCCUUGCAGACUCGUCAUGGUUAGCUUCGUGUGUGCAUCCAUUGAAGAGGCUGAAACAUGUCCCAUGGCUUACAAGUGCAUGUGUAAAAACAAAUCCUAUCCAGUUCCUUAACUCCCAUGUCUUAUAGACCAUGUUCUUUCCGUCUAAUGUUAAAUACUAGCAAGAUUUUGUUUUCGUUUUCCAUUCUUGUGUUUACAAUUUUCUUCAUAUUUAAUCAGAUUUGGCCGGUGUAAUGAGUGAUUUGGUAUUGAAUUCUUAAUCUC